UGAAGCUAGCCUGGUAGCUAGUUGACAACAAUGGGCGAUAGUGAGCAGAUUGAGUGGAAGUUUAUGAAAUUAUACCUUACCGAUAUUGUAAAAACUAUUUCGAAUAAAUCUGCUACACGGAGAUCGAAAAUAAAACCUGUUGCCUAUCAUGAAGAACAACAGCCGGAGGUGGCCACUCCUCAAAGCUCAGAGAGGCAGCUGAGAACUCCUCAGAGAAACUCCCGGAGGCAAAGUCCCAGGACGCGUUCUAGUGUUCUAAAAGAACAAGAGAGGGGCUUUUCUCCCGUGUCUGGUUCUGGGGAGGAGAGCGACAAGGAGGCCUCCCCACCGAAAAGGAGGAACGGAAUAAGCAGCUCCAAAAAGACAAGAACAAAGUCUCCAUCAAAGGAUUGUGGAGACUGUUCCGGGGCCGAGCCUGGUGAACAGCUAGAAGAGAGCACAAAAAGAAAAUGUAAAUAUAGCAACUCAAAAAAGAAAAGGACCAAUAUUCGCUGCAAAGAGGAGGAUAAUGACAAUUUGUCAGAUGAACAAACUGUGGUGGCUUCCCCCAGAAAAAGGAGGAAGGAAUGUAGUGACUUCAAUGUAUUUGAAGCGGAGACUGAAACAUAUAAUACAGUGUCUGAGCCUGAGGUGGAGGACGUUGUGGAGGAGGAGACUAAAAAAUAUAAUACAGUGUCUGAGCCUGAGGUGGAGGACGUUGUGGAGGAGGAGACUGAAGUGGCCUCUGCUUCUAAGAGGAGGAAGCAGCGCAGCCCCCCCAAAAAAACUAUGCCUCGUGGAGAGGACAAAGCUGAAAGUGAUCAUUAUGAAUUGGGAGAACAGGCUGAAGAAACUACCCCUAGCAGAAAAUGUAGCGAGUCUAAAAAGGUAAGAACCAGGACUCCCUCUGAAGACGUGGUGGAAGUUGAAAGUGCCCACUUCAAGACGGAAGAACACGCUGAAGACACGACCCUCAGAAAAAGACAGAGGAGGUCUAAGAAAUCUAAAAAGAAGAGAUCCAAGAGUCCUCCCAUGGAGGCCAGCGACACAGAGAGUGAUGCUGAAUCAGGCAAACAUAUUUCCAAGACCUGGCCUAAGGACUUCCAUGAAGAAGAGCGUGACCAAGAUGCCAAGACUCGGCCUAAGGACCUAAGUGAGGAGAGUGACCAAGGCUCCCAAACUGAGUCUAAAGACUUAAGUGAAGAGGAGUGGCACUGUUCUGACCAUUCAGAGAAGGAGACUGAACACGAGGUGUUACCUGCAAAGAGAAAGAGAGGACCCAAGAGCAAGAAGACAAUGAAGUCAGAUUCUGAAAACGUCACCAUGAAAAAGAAAGGCAAAAAGCAAGGUGCCGUGGGUUUGAAGGCACCAAGAAUAAGAUUCACACCACCUGUAGAGAAAAGGAUAAGGGUGAAAACACUUCAUAUUUGCAGUUUCUGUGAAAAGGUCCUGCCUAACAGGGCUGCACUGAGUAGGCACCUUCAGCGUCACACAGGGGAGAAGCCUUACCACUGUGAAGAGUGUGGCAAAGACUACGGCAGCAAAACCACCCUGAAGAUUCACAACAUGCAGGUUCACCACAAGGGGACCAAGGACUUCAUAUGCAAUGAGUGUGACCAACCGUUUACCCACCUCACAUACCUCAAACGCCACAUGUACUCCCACACGGACAAGGAAAAGAGGCCACACCUGUGCAAUGUGUGCGGGAAACAUUUUAUCCAGAAGUCCCACCUGGACCGCCACAAGAUGAUUCACACUGGAGAGAAACCAUUCAGCUGCGAACACUGCGCCAUGGCCUUCAAUCGGCCGGAGUACCUGCGGAUGCAUCUGAAGCUGCACGUGUCGGGUAGUGAGGGGCCAGAUAUGGCAGAGCAAGAGAAGACAAAGUGCACGGAGUGCAACAAGAGUUUUGUCAACCCUAAGUACCUCAACAUCCACAUGAGAAUGCACACUGGGGAGAGGCCAUACAAGUGUGAGCACUGUGCUAAGAGCUUCACCCAGACCAGUAUUCUCAACGCGCACCGACGUACGCACACGGGAGAAAAGCCACACAAGUGUAAGUUGUGCGGUAGCUGCUUCACCCGUCGCAAGUACCUGGAUGAUCACAUAGGCAGAAAGCAUGGGUCUUUACAGCAAAUGAAGGAACAGGAGGAUGAGCAAUGACAACACUGGGUGUUGUGUGGUAAUGUAAUGUUAUGGUGGGGUCUGGAAUUUUUGGAUGCCUUGAUAAAGAUGAGCAAAAAAGACUGAAAUAAAUUUAUGCAACAUUUUUGUAUUUGUUUUAGGGAUGGAUCCCGAUUUACAUAAUGGGUACCUGGAGGAAAAUGGGGCUUUUAAAAUUUCAGUCCAGAGGAGUGUUUAGUAUUUUUAGUCCUGGGGAGAUUUUGUUGUUAUUUGUAAUUGAUGAAAUGCCUGUAUUUCUCAGUGUUUUAGAAUGAGUUGCUUGUAAGUCUAUAUAUCGGUGUGUCCGAUGCCGCCCCUCAUCUCUGAUUCUCUGCUGAGUGAGUAAUAUCAAGUGUUCCUGUAGGCUAUUUAGUGUGGUCUCAAUCAAACGAUCCAUAGACUAUAGGCUACGAAGUGCAUGCUGGGAGAAGCACAGAGCAAAGUUCUAUUUCUAAGAUAGCUGCUGGGAUGGUGUAAAUACAACUAGACUGCAUUACACACUGCAGUGGAUAUUCCAACCCUGAGCCCCGGCCUGCUCUGCUCUUAUGGCUGUGUUGUUUAGGCCUAUGGUAGCAGUUUAAGGUUCUUCCGAAUGUUUUAUUUUUUUGUUUGUUGUUGAUUAGGCCUAGUAAAAAUCCUUCACCUGCACUUAUGGACUGCCCUCUUCAAUUCAAACCGCAGGUUUUCAAUGGGGUUCAAGUCUGGAGACUUGAUGUUGAUUUUGUGGUCAAUAACCCAUUUCUGAGUGGAUUUUGAUGUGUGCUUGCGGUUAUUGUCUUGCUGUAAGAUCCACUUGCGGCCAAGUGUCAGCCUCCUGGCAGAGGUAACCAGGUUUUUGGGCUAAAAUAUCCCGGUACAGGGUAAAGUUCAUGAUGCCGUUGACUUUUACAAGGGCCCAAGGACCAGUGGAAGCAAUAUAGUCCCAUAACAUUAAAGAACCACCACAGUGCAGUCCAUAAGCACAGAUGUUUUUAUUUUAUUUUUACCUUUAUUUAACUAGGCAAGUCAGUUAAGAACAAAUUCUUAUUUUCAAUGACGGCCUAGGAACAGUGGGUUAAUUGCCUGUUCAGGGGCAGAACGACAGAUUUGUACCUUGUCAGCUCGGGGAUUUGAACUUGCAACCUUCCAGUUACUAGUCCAACGCCCUAACCACUAGGCUAGCCUGCCUCCCAAUGUUUUAUUUUUACUCUUUAUGCAAUGCGCAUUGCAGAGAAAACCAGAAGAAGAAUAAUCAUUUAAUUACCAUAAUGUUUGUUUAUGUGUCAAUCCCAUAAGGGAUGGGUUGACAUUUGGAGAUAUUACAAAUGGAUAUCAAGGAUCUGGAAAGAUUCUGUAUGGAGGAAUGGUCUAAGAUCCCUUCCCAAUGUGUUCUUCAAUCUCAUAAAACAUUUUAGAAGAAGGCUCAGUGUUGUUGUCCUAGCUGGGGUAUUUAAAACAGGGGAUCCAAUCAUUUUGAUCCCUGUCUUUUUGAGAUGUUUUAUAUGUUAAACAAUCUCUUUCUCUGAGCAAAUGUGUUAGUAUAAAAUAUACAUUUCCAUUUCUUUUUGCAUACUAUAUAGUUAUGUCAUGCAUAAUGUGAAGGUAAAAAAGUGGAAUCUAGUCCUUGCAUACUGUUGCCUGGCUACCUAUCCACAUCCUUCCGAUCAACUGAUGUUUCUUCUCGACGAUGAGUCUGGAUCCCCCCACAAUGCGAACACAUUCUAACCGUUCUGAUUGGUCCCAGAAACCGCAAUGGGUUGGGCCAGAUCUAGCCUCUGCCGAGUCCCCAACAAUCAGAUGUUCCUUUUUUGGGGGGGGUGGGGGUGGAAAGAGCCUGUGACAUGGCUUCUACUUUUGGACGUUAACCAGGUGACACUUCAUUUUAACUCCUCCCUCCACAUUUACUGGAUUGGUUGAACAGUUCAGAAGGGAACCUCCCCCGACAGUUUUUUUAUUUUCUUCUCAAGACCAGUACGUAGGGGAUCUUGUUUCAGGUGUUUCUUUUACACCUGCUACAUUAGGUUAGGCCAGAGCCAGCCUACAUGAAGACAUGAUCAACUUUGAUACUCUGGCUACGUUUAUUAGAGACCACCCGAUCGCUGACUCAUUUGUUUUGCGCCACGCCCCUCAUUUUGAAGUCCCUCAAAUGACUUCUAGGAUGUUAGUUUCAGACUUAAUGUAUGUAGCGAUUGAUAGAGCAAAGGAAAUAAAUUAUUGGUGAGUCAUCAGGUAAAGUAUACUGCAUUAUAUGAGUAAUACAAUGUGAAGUAAUCCCUUUUGCAAUAAAUACAGUACAU